AUGUUCGCGUUCGUGUCUGAGAAGACAUUCCCCGUUCAACUUACUCUAGAGGACGUUCUUUUCAUUCAACACCUGUACGGCGCUAAAGAAAACGCUAAAGUUCCAAAAGUAAUAACGACGACGACACCGACGACUACCACAACAACGACAACGAUAGCAACGACGACUACGAAAGACGUCGAGAUGGAUCUGUGCACCUUGCGAAACGUGAUGGAUACCGUAUUGAUAACGAACGGUCGAUUGUACAUCUCGCACGAACGAUACGUGUGGUCAAUCGAUAUAGACGGGAAAACGUACAAGAAACCCUUGCUAUUGACGGACUACAUGAAAUUUCUUCCUAAAUACAGACUCUGA